AUGCGAUAUCCCAUCAUGAUAAACGUUGUAGCCGUAUGCCUCGUCCUCUCCACCCUGGCCGCGGCCGGCGUUUGGUCGCCAGCGCCUACCCCGCCGGCCCAGCAGCACGGUGAGCAUGUCCUCCGGGAGGGCCGCCGCGUCGUCAUCGUCGAGUACGAGCGCGAGCUCCCGCUCACCCCGGGCCACGGCGACGCCAAAGAGACGCACGUCUUGCCCCCACACGCUCUCGACGGCCUUGAGGCGAAAGAAACGGUGUCGGAUGAGGCCAGGGGAGCCGUUUCCAACGCGGCGGACAAGGUGGCUGGCGCGGCGGAGGAUGGCAAGGAGAAGCUGUCCAAUGCCAAGGAGAGCGCCACGGGCAAGGUGUUCGGCGCGGUGAAGCGCUGCAAGGACAAGCUCUGCGGCGCCGCCAAGGGGUUGGAGGAGGGCGCGAGAGACGGGGUCUCCCGCGUCAAAGAUGGCGCGGAGGACACGGUGACAGCUGCCGGGGAGACGCUCUCUGGUGCCAAGGACAAAGCGGAGGACAAGGUGUUCGACGCUGCACCAGAGGCGAAGGGCGCUGCGACGAGUGCCAAGGACAAGGUCUCCGAAGCAGCCGGUGGAGCCAAGGAGAAGGCAGCACACAUCAAGGAUGGAGCGGCUGGAACCGUGAGGAGUGCCAAGGACAAGGUCUCUGAAGCAGCCGGUGGAGCCAAGGAGAAGGCAGCAGACGUGAAGGACAAAGCAGCUGAAACAGUGACGAAUGCCAAAGACAAGGUUUCAGAAGCCGCCGGUGAAGCCAAGGAGAAGGCAUCGCACGUGAAGGACCGAGCAGCCGAGACAGUGACCAGUGCCAAGGGCAAGGUCUCUGAAGCUGCAAAGAACGCCAAAGACAAGGUCUCUGACAUUGCAGAGCGUGCAGAGGAUUACGCUGAGGAUGCCGCUGAGAGCGCGGCCGAGAAGGUGGCGCGGGCCGAGGAGGUCGCCAAGGCGAAGGCCGGCGAGGUGACCAAGAACCUGACCGACAUCGCUAGGCGGGCCCGUGAGGUGGCGUCCGACGCCGCCUCAUACCUGCUCGGCGCGCCCAUGGAGGCCGCGCGCACCGCGACGGCCGUGAUGCACCUGCUGGGGUUCGCCACGGCCUACGGCGCGUGCGUGUGGGUGACGUUCGUAUCGAGCCAUGUCCUCGCUGCCUCGCUGCCCCGGCAGCAGCUCGGCGUGGUGCAGAGCAAGCUGUACCCAGUGUACUUCCGCGCCAUGGCCUACUGCGUCGGCCUGGCCCUCGCGGCGCACCUGCUCGGCCGCGAGCGUAGUUCCUUCGCGGCGCGCGCCCAGAGCUUCAACUUGCUCAGCGCGCUGGGACUGGUCCUCGCCAACAUGCUGCUUCUCGAGCCAAAAGCCACCAAGGUGAUGUUCGAGAGGAUGAAAGUGGAGAAGGAAGAAGGCAGAGGAAGGGACAUGGCGGACAUCAUCGACCCGCCGGCCGUCACCGUGGCCACGGCCGCCACGACCACCACAGCCACCCCCACGGCAGCAGGAGCCCGCAGCCCGGUGGACGGCACGACGGGAACCGCCACCGUCAGGGCGGCGAAGACCACGACGACGACGACCUCGGUGACGGCGCCCGACGCGGAGAUGGCCAAGAGCAAGGUGGUGAGGCUGAACAAGCGGCUGAAGCAGCUCAACAGCUACUCGUCCCUGUGCAACGUGCUGUCCCUGAUGGCCCUGACGUGGCACCUCGUUCACCUGGCUCGUCGCCUGCAGAUGAGCACCGCCUGCUAG